AGACGUGGUUCCAAAAGACUGACAAUCAUCUAAGAUGGCAAGUUUUAGCAACGCCGGUACCUUCAAAAUCUUUAUCGGAAAUUUGAGCAAGAACAUCGGAGUGGCCGAACUGAGUCCAUUGUUUGAAAAUUACGGAACAGUUGUCGAAUGUAGUAUCAUCAAGAAUUAUGGCUUUGUCCGCAUGGAAAACGCGACUGAUGGAUGGGUAGCCAUCAAUAAUUUAAACGGACAUAUUUUGAAGGGUCGGCCAAUGAAGUGCGAGCCGGCCAAGGGCCGGAAUGCACCCCUACCGCCCACCACGAAGAUCUUCGUUGGAAAUUUGAGGGACAACACCAAGGCUCCACAAAUACGCGAAUUGUUCGAACAGUACGGCACCGUGGUGGAAUGCGACAUCAUUAGGAACUAUGGGUUUGUCCAUUUGCACUGUUCAGGAAUCGUUGACAGAGCUGUAAGAGCGCUGAAUGGUACCAUGGUGGGCGGUCAGCGUAUGACAGUAAAAUUGGCAACGUCACGGUUGCGUCGACGUCCGGGGUGGGGCGCCAGCAACAGAUGUUAUAAAUGCGGCCGCAGCGGACAUUGCGCGAAGCAAUGUCAUGUCCCAUAUCCCAAAGGCAUGGGAGCUGCAAGAUACCCCUACCCCUUAUCUCCCUCGCCACCUAUGCUGUUGGAGUAGAUGGGACCA